AUGCUAAAAUAUAUAUUCCUGCUACAUAGUGUACUACAAAUUAAUGGAUCAUUUCGUGUGUAUAAUUCCGAUAUAUCAUAUCGAGAUUGUUUAUAUUCAAAUACAAUUAAUACUGAGAUCAAUGAAUGGAUAUUAACUCGUUAUUGUCUAGAUGGAAAUGAUGCUGUUGGAAAUCAGGAUGAAUGUGAUGAAAAUGUGAAAUUUACAUUCGAAGAAUUGAAAUUAAAACAUGUAUCUGGAGAGAAUCUGUUCAAAUGGAAUGCUCCUAUUGAUACAAUUAAUAAUUACGAGAAAUAUUUGGGCGACAAUGACAUGUCAAUGAAAAAUGAUUUCUUUUGUAAUUGUUCAGAUUUGGGAAAUUUCUUUGGUAAAGAUUGUUCCUAUUCAUUUCGUAACACUUCUUCUGAUACGACAUUCGAUGAAAUUAUUUCCAAACAAUUUGGGAAAAUGGAGCAAUUAUCAUUUACUUUUGAAAUCUUAGACGAUGAAGAUUUGUUAACAUGUUAUAAAGGUAUUCAAUGUGAUUCAACAAUAUGUCUUGAUUGGCGACAAAUUUGUGACGGAUUUAUUGACUGUAGAAAUGGUGAAGAUGAAUUCAAGGAUUGUCUAUUAAUUGAGCUGAAUCAAUGUGAAGAAAACGAAUAUCGUUGUUCAAAUGGAUUGUGUAUUCCACAAACAUUUUUGAUUGAUUUAAGUUAUGAUUGUGGAGAUAUAACUGAUGAAGAAUAUGAUAUUGAUGAGACCGUAAAUGAAUUAGUCGAGUGUCAUAAGUCGACAAUGAUUGUAUGUGAUUUUAGUCAAUCGCGUUGGAGUUUGUUUCCAUGUGGCAAUGGAGAAUAUAAUUUACUUGAUUCUUUUGAUUCCGAAUGUGCCAAUGGUCGUCAUUUAUUUUAUCGUCGAAAUCUUCUCUUAUCAUUUCCAUCCGCACAUAAUAAUAAUAUCAGUUCUGAAUGCUGGUUAUUAAUGAUAUGCGUAUCGGAGAACUUUCUUUUAGAGUAUUUUGAUUAUGCUAAAUCUAAAUGUUUAUGUAACGAAAACAAUCGAGAGAAGAAGAAAUGUGUGAAGGAUUUCAACCGAUAUUGUCCUUCGUUAUUUUAUUUUCAGCAUGAUAUGAGGUUUUUGUCUCCAUUUGUUAAGUUUCUGUACGAUAAAAGCAAGAGCAAUGCUGAUGAAUGGUGGGAACCAACUCAUAUUUGUUUCAUGAACGAAACUUGCGUCGAAAGAAAAACAAACCCUGAUUGGUCGAAUUAUAUUUUUUAUUGGCAAAAAACCUUCUCUUUCUCUGAUCGACCCACUAACGACGAAAGGUUAUUCUAUUGUAAUGAAUCCCAACGAUUGAUUUCCAAAUAUCGAGUAAAAGAUUCUAUCACUGAUUGUUAUUAUGGAGAAGAUGAAAAUGAUCAGAUUACUUCAUUAAUCAUGACGUCUCUGAAUUUAACAGAUCGUUUUAAAUGCAAAACAGGUAACCAAUGGAUGGUACGUACUUUAAUUGCGGAUUAUGACAAGAAUUCUGACAUGGCGAUUAAUAAUGAGAAUUAUUGUCGUGAUAAAUCUUAUCAGCUAUAUGUUGGAAAAUGUCGUAGACCAUCGGAUUUUGCUUGUCAGUUCUUGCGAGGUACUGUCACUCCAUUGAUAUAUAAUGUAUUUCGAGAAAAUUGUAAUGGCAUUAAUCAUGUUGAUCCUCUUGCUGAUAAUGAAACAGAUGAAACAAACUGUGAAGAAUGGUCGACUAAAAAAUGCAAUAAUAUUUGGGAUUGGAAUAAUGGAACGGAUGAACUGAAUUGUGUCGAUGGAGUCCCAUAUUACUUAAGUCAAACGGUUCUCAAAUGCCAGCAUAAUGAACAUUACUGUGCAGAUCAGAAGGGAACUAUCGGUUGUUUAGCAGAAGAACGUGCGGGGGAUGGAGGGAUCGAUUGUUUAGGUGCAACAGAUGAAAGAAAAAUGAUAUGUACGAAUGAUUCAGACCGUCCUUUUCAGUGCCGCUCUGGCGAAUGUUUGAAUGUACGACUUAUAUGUAAUAAAGACCGGAAUUGUCCUGAUUCUGAUGACGAGAUAAUAUGUCCAAUCUCAGAACAAUGUAAUAAAAUAAUUGAUUGUCAACCGGAUGGAGAAGAUGAGUGGUUUUGCGAUUUAGAAUAUCGACAAGAUCUGACAUUUUCUUUAAAAUACAUUGAAGAAUAUCCAUUAUUUGAUAUUAAUUUACCAAAAAUUGCAAUGAUAAAUGAUGCGCAUUCGAAUCCAUUAACUGCGAUCAAGAAAAUUUCCAAAAAAAAAAAGAGAAUUAACAACUGGUUUUGCAAUCGUGGGAUUAUUAUUCGAUUCCGCUUCUCCAAUAAAAAAUGUUUAUGUCCACCGAGUUAUUACGGGUUAAGAUGUCAAUAUCAAUCCGAACGAGUUUUAAUCACCGUAAAAAUCGAUAUACCGAUUAGUUUAGUCAAAUAUGGAAGUAAAAAUAGUUCUCUUUCGAUACUUGCUCGUUUAAUCUUAGGCGAUAAAGUGUUUGAUUAUGAACGAAUUCUUCAUGAACCUUUGAUGAAACAAAUGUUUUAUUUAAAUUAUCCACGACCACCGCCGAAGAAACAAGGAAAUUGGUCAGUUCGGUUCGAUGCCUUUUUAAUUAGCACAUUCAAUGUUCAAGAGAAAGCAUCUUGGCUAUUUAAUGUCCCUUUUUCGUUUUUACCAGUCAAUCGACUUGUCCUACAUUUGAUGCUGGAAGAUUCUCGAGGAUGUCAGACAUUAAAUUGUAUCCAUGGUAUUUGUCGAAGGUAUCUCAAUUCUCCUUAUGAUGAAUAUUGUCAAUGUGAUGACAACUGGUCUGGCAAAUUUUGUCAGGAUCGAAUCAAUUGCUCUUGUGUUGCAGGUGGCAAAUGCAUCGAUGGAUAUUGUGUUUGUCCUUUAGCGCGAAUAGGAAAUGAAUGUCGAGUUUUAUUUAAUCCAUGUCAUGAUAUCAAAUGUGAAAAUGGUGGAACAUGUUUACCAUUGGAUGAACGUCAGUCGAAGAAAUUCGAAUGUAUGUGUCCAAAUGCUUUUUGGGGAAUCUAUUGUGAACGAAGGAAUGCUGAAGUUCAGAUUGAAUUCUCAUCUUUAACAAGUUCUGAACUAGAAUUGGUCAAUGUAUUCGUUCAUUUUCUUAACUUAGAAAGUGAUCUUUCAGCAGUGUUGUCUGUUGAGAACCGAUUUUUGUAUAAAAAUAUCAAAUUAAACCAAAUUCUUCAUGUUUAUCAACAGAAUCAUGAUUAUUUAUCAGCCAUCACCCUCAUUGAAAUCUAUCAUCAAAAGUAUACCUCGAAUUAUUAUCUUGGAGCUCUUCUGAAGAAGAACGUCACCAAUCUUAGAACCCAAAUUGAUCAGGGCAAUCGAUGCCCAUAUGUUGAUGAACUCAUUUUCAAUGAAACCAUACGAAAAUUUUCUUUGCGAAAAAAAUUGAAAUAUUAUCAUUAUGCCUGCAAAGGAGAUCGUGGGAUCAAAUGUUUUCACGAUGAAGCUUCGCUAUGUUUUUGCGAUCAAAAUCAUCAGCCAGAUUGUGUGGCUUUUCCACGUUCACUCACUGCAUGUAGUACGAAUUAUUGUCAAAACAAUGGGCAAUGUAUUAGCAACAUCUUUAAUGGCGUAUGGGAUUUUGCUUGUAUAUGUGAUGGAUGCUCGUAUGGAUCAUUGUGUCAAUUGGUAACAUCAGAAUACGUACUUUCUUUUGAUGUGAUUCUCGGACCAGAUAUCAAAACGAAUAUGCCGUUCAUGGAACAGCCUUUUCUAAUAAAAUUCGCCUUAGCAAUGAUUACUUUCAUGGUUGUGAUUGGAACUCUAUCAAAUGUUUUAUCGUUAAUCACAUUCAGACAAGGAAAAAUUCGCGAAUAUGGCUGCGGAAUGUAUCUCUUCUGUUUAGCUUUUGUUGGACAAAUUGGUUUAUCGAUAUUUGGUUGUCGAUAUGUGUACCUUUUGAUAACACAACUCUAUGAUAUUCAUCAUUUUCGAUUAAUUCACUGGAGUUGUCUUACUUUAGAUUAUACUCUCAGUGUAUGUCCAAUAUUAUUUGAUUGGAUAAUUGUAUGUAUAGCGAUAGAACGAUACGUGAAUGUAAUAAAAGGUGCUUCAUUUGAAAAGACUAAAAGUGUUUGGUGGGCUAAACGUCUCGUUCCUUUUCUGACAUUGAUUAUUAUUUGUAGUUCAUGGCAUGAAUUAUUCGUUCAUGAAUUAAUUCAUGAUCCGCGAAGUACAAGUCAAAAUACUUGGUGUAUAAUUAAAAUCUCCUCGCUAUGGAUAAAAUAUUAUCGGUUAAUUCUUAAUUUGUUUCAUUUAAUUAUUCCCGGAUCGAUUCAUCUCAUCGCUACGAUAUUGCUUUUGAAUAAAACAACACAAAGAAAACAAACAUUGGAAAAAACGAAGAAUGGAAAGUCUUAUUGGGAAUAUAAUAAGAGUGACUUUUUUAUUUACAUUGGUUUGUAUAUCGAGACAAUGGCAUAA